AUGAGACCACCCAAAUUAUCAAAUUAAAAAAAGUAAUUCAUUUCAUCCUAUUCAAUAAAGACAUUAUUAUUGGACUUGUUCAAUUGUUGCUUUGAUGAAAGUUUAUUGAUAGGAGGUCAAGUCUUAUAAAAAUUGCUCACUAAACUAUAUAAAGAAUAGGGUCCAGAGGACAAAAAGAACGUAGACUUAUUUAAUCAAAGAUUAUAACAAUUUGUUUCCAUCUUUGUUGAUGAUUACAUCGAAAGUGUCAAAUAGAAUUAGCACAACUACAAUCUAAAUUAUUCACAACAGAUCAACAGAAUCUUUGCUGAAGUCAAGAUCGAAUGCAUUCAAUACAUUAUUGAUCACAUUAUAAAACAUGAUCAAAACUUCUAUUAACACAAACAUAAAGUGUGGGCUGUUGCUUCCUUACUCAAAUUUGCUAAAUAAGAAUAACUUAUUACUGUGAAUGAACAAGGCAUCGUUUAUAAGAAUGGAACCAUCUUGAAUUUGGAUAUCAACGUUGUCUAGAAAUGGAUGUACAAUAUUGAUAGAGCUAUCUAAUUUGAGGCCUUCCAAAUAUUUGCCUUGAAUAGCAAAAAAGCUGCUAAACCAACUCAAACAGAACUAGACUCAGUCACACUCUUUGUAUAAUAUGUCAUUAAAACAUCAUAUCCAAAUUUUAAGAAGAACUAUUUAUCAAAAUUAAAGUUCUUUAUUGAAAGAAUAAGGACAAGCUUUUAGAAGGAUCUAAAACUUUUGGAUUCAGGUAAAUCAAAAGACACAACUUCCGUUUAACCCAUUAUUAAAUUCACUUAAUAACUUCUAGACAUCUUAUAUUUGCAAUUGAUACCUGAGUGUUGUUACGAAGUUUCAAGUCCUUGCUUAGAAAUUUUGAAAAUGAUAUACAUGUAUUUAGGCACUCCUGAAAUGAUAGAACCUAAAAAAGGAGAAUUCUAUAAUAAAACAUAAUUUCUAUUCAAUUAUUGUUCAGAAUAAGCCUAUGGUAAUACCAAAGUUGAAUAAUUAAUAAUUUAAUGUAGUAGUAAUUGGGAGUCUUCAAGAACUUUGGCUUACGAGAUAUUGCUUUUGCUUCCCAGCGAGAUCCAAUUCUUUAGUGAAUAAAAGGCUAAAGAACUUUAUAAGAUAGCUACUUCAUAAAUAGGAAAUCCAAUCAUAAAAGUCUAUGAAAGUGGUUCUCUUUUAUUAUCCUUAUUAUUAAAGAAAUACGCAAAGAUCUUAUAUCCAUCUUAAAAUCCAGAGAUUGAAUUUUUAAAUUCUCUCAUUAAUGAAUUAUAAUAGAAGUUUAAUACUUUUAAGUAAGUGUUCUCUAAUGAUAUUGUAUAAUUACAAUAGACCCUCAUCCAUGGAUAUGUAUCCACUUUCUGGAUUAUUCUAUAAAGGAACAAUAUCCAAAAAUUGGAAGACAAAGAACAGCUUAAAUUGUUCUUCAUAAAAUUACUUGAGUUAUUGAAGGAUAUCAUCGAAUUCGCAACUUAAGUGAGUUCUGAGAAUGUUUGUACAUGGAUAAUUGAUGAUAAAUCAACUCAGCAAUUACCUUAUCAAGUCGAUUGCAGGGGACAUUUCUAUCAGACUGAGUUUGUCUAGAAUGUACAAAAGAUUCUAUAAGGGAAUACUUUGAUAGAAUCAUUAGAUGACCAAACUUCAGAUCAAGGAUCUGAGAAUAUUUUGGUAGUUUCAUUCUUCCUGGUUACUAGAGAAUCUGGAGUAUUCUUUUAGGAAUUAGCUAAAGUGAUUGAUUAAAUUGAAGACAAUAUAAUUCCUAAUGAUUUAUUGAAGAGAAUUACUUACCAAUUUUUCCAUGCUUUAUUGAACAUUAAACAUUUAGGUUCUAUUGAUAGAAUUGCAUAAGGAUUGUAUGAGUUAUGCAAAACUAUGGGAACCAGUAAAAAUCCAUAAUUGCCUGGAUUGGUGAAUGAGUUGAUUGAUAAAUUGGUUGAAGCAUUUGAUUAAAAUCAAUUAAAGAAUGUAUUUAGAAGAUCUGCUGGUUUACCACAUUUAGUUUGCUGUUUAUUAAGAUCUUGUUAAAGUAAGGAUAAGUAGACAGAGAAGGUAGUAAAGAUUUUAUUGAAAUUUGCUAAAGGUGGCCAAUUGGAAAUGAGAAUUCAUGCCCUUAAUGUUAUCAGAAAGUUAUUUAUGGAAGCCUGGUUAAGAUAGGAUCUUGAUCAAUUCAUACCUGAGGCUUACAUGUUGGCCAUAGAUGGAUUCAGCUAUGAUGAUUGGAGUGUCAGGAAUUCAUCUCUUAUGUUAUUUUCAGCCUUGGCAUCUAGAACUUUAGGCAAAAAUACUUAAAAUGUAGAGCAAAUCGCUUAGAAAUUAACAUUAAUAGAAUUCUUUAAUAAAUCACCUUAAUUGGUGCAAUACUUCUAAAAUAAAAUUAACGAUUACAAUGAUCAAUAAUUAUAUCCUAGCUUGUAUCCAAUUGCCUUAUUGUUAUCAAGAUUGGCCCCUAUGGAAGGUAAGUUUAUUAGAAAGGUAUAUACUGAGGCUUAGAAAUAAGAUUUAUUUGAAUAAAAGCAGUUAGACUUGUUAUUGCCUGCGUUGAUUAAUUGCUUGAAGAAUAAGAAUUAUUUGGGUAGAGUGAUUCUAUCCAAGGCCAUUCUGCCAUUCCUUUCAUUUUAACAAAUAACUUCAUAUGUUGUUCAACUCUUAAAUGAGUUAGUAGAUUGCAAGACUAUAAAGAAAAACCAUAAUAACGCUCAUGGUAUUUUGAUUUUGUGUCACUAAUUGAUUAAAGAUUAUUACAAUAUCAAGAGGGAGACUCUGGAUUAAUAUGAAGAGGAUUAAAUUGAAUAAUUGAAACAAAGUGAAAAGGCUCUAAUCCUAGAAAUCCACAAUAAGAGAUUUAUCAUUAGUGAAAUCAAAUGUCCUCCUGUGUUGUCUGGUUAUUAUUAGGUCUUAAAUAUCAUAAUCAAAAAUAAUAAAUAUGAGGAUUGUGCUUUAUUUUCAGAUUGUUAUUAAAUUACAAAGAGUAUGGUUGAGGAGCAACAUUUCAAUUAAAAAACAUUCUAAAUUUAAUAAGACAUGGGUCAUAGUCUAUUGAGAAAGAAGUAGAUUUCAUUCUUAGUUAAGUUGGAUCAUCUGAAUAACAGUCAUUCAUAUUUAGAAUAAUUGAUUAAGAAUUAAGUCUAAAAAUACAUAUCACAAAAGGAACUCUUAGAAAUUGAUGACUUGGAAGUGUUGUAAUAAUUGUAUAAGCAAUACAAUAAUAUUCUUAAGAAGAACAAAGUGGUAGAAGAUUCUAAUAUAGAAAUAGCAAAGCUGACUUAUCAAUUAUUAGAGGUAAUUGAAACUCCUUAUUUCAGUUAAUGCUUAAGAUAAUGCUUACAAUGUUUACUGAUUAUUAGUAAAUUAACUAAAUUGAAUCACAAUGAAAUCAUCUUAGACAAGAUCAACAAGAGGUUUAUUAAUGAUUCUGGAAUUAUGAAGAAUCUAAUUAAACUUUAUGGUUACGUUAUGCUUUAAAAAUAAGAGUUCUUAGAUCAAUUUUUGAGACUGUGUGAAUUAUACUCACAUAGUAAUAACAUAGAUGAUUUAAGAAUUGCAGUAAUUAAGAGUAUAUGUAUAGCUAUGCCCAAUUUAUAUAAUUUGAAUACUCUUAGACUGUCUUUGAUUUAUUUGAGAUUAUUGCAAGAUGAAUUACCAGAAAUAAGGAACAAGAUGAGUAAAUAAAUAUGCAUUCAUUUGUUGAAUAACAAAAACAAAAAUUCAACUGAAUUGUAUAACAAUGAGUAUCUUUUGCAGAACUUCUACUAAUUCAUUGUGCAAAAGUAAAUAACAAAGGAUAAUUAAGAGGAGGUUAUAAACAUCUUGAUAGCUUAAUUGAUGGACAGUGAAUACUAUAUGAUAAAGAGAUAAAAUCAUUAGUCUAAAAGAAUAUUCUAGUAUGAAAAGAGCAAUAAAUACAUAAGCGAAUUGAAGGGCAGAAAACUUGCUUAUGACUUUUUAGUCUAUUGUGUGAAUCACAAGGUAUUAGAUUAGGAAUUGGUUGUGCAGCAAUUUAAUCAAUAUGAGAUUAGACAUCAAAAUACUGCAUUGAUGGAAUAUAAGUUAAAUGAGAAUCAAAUUAUAAACUAUAUUAAUAACUUAACAGAGAGAGAUGAUUUCAUAUAUGAGAAUAUGUGUAGAUUGACAAUAUUUGAAGAAUUGCAAGCCAAAUUUAAUUCUAAUCAUAAGCAAUAUGAAUUAUAUCAUAAAUAUAAUUUAAAGAGAGUGGAGUUUUCAUUUUAAUAAUUCAAUUGAUUGGUUUUUGAUAUAUAUUAGAUUAAUAAAUUAGAUAAUUAAUAUA